AGAGCCGGGGUCCCCUUCUUCAAAGGACAUCCUUUCACUGGAGCUCAUCUCGUACAUCCUCGCGAACGAAGAUUCAGUCAACAAUUGACUUGUAAACAUGCAGGGUGUUAGUGUAUUAUUGGUUUUAGGAUGCUGUGCGGCGUGGGCGACCGGCGCAUUCCUCAAUCACAGGCCCUUCCCCACGUACAGUUUGGAGAACAUGCCCGACACCGAAUUCUCGUGCAGGGAUAAAAUUCUGGGUGGAUAUUACGCCGACGCCGAGACUCAAUGUCAGAUGUUCCACGUUUGCGUGAAAGUCGCAGGAGUCGGGGUUCAGGAUUUCAGGUUCUUGUGUCCCAACGGCACGGCUUUCGAUCAGGACCAUCAGAUAUGUGCCGAAUGGGAAGACGUGGACUGUGAUGCCACCACACUCUAUUAUUCAAGCGACAACUUCGAUCUUUACCGUCUGGGCUCAGGUUUCGAAUCUAAAGCUGUUAAGUAUGGAGAAGAUGAAGAAACCUUCUCCCUACAACGUGCUGAAACCGGAGAUGCUCGAGUGAACCGUGAACAUCAGUCCCAAAGAGUAAAUCAACAAAGGGAUAACAACCUCUUCAGGAACCAGAACAAAAAACCACUAAACAAUAAUAAUAACAAUCAAAAUUCUGAACGUGACAUCUUCAAGGCUUCAAGCAGUUCCAACUUCUUCAAUAACAGAAAUAAUGGAAAAGAAAAUGAUGAAGAUUAUGAUGAUAAUGUGAAUGCCAAUCAAGAUAAUGAUUAUGCCCAAAGGAGAAAAGUUAAUAGGAAAAUUCAAAGGAGGCCAGUCCAACAACAAAACAACGAUAACCAAAACUACAAUCAACAAUCCAGAAGUCAACAAAAUAACCAGAAUGGAAACCGUCAAGCCAACACUGAAAGGCCACAAAGACCCACUGGUUUUGUAAACAACUUUGCUGGUAGUAGCUACAUUCCUACCACGUCUCGUCCAACUACCACAACUCAAGAGCAAUAUACUACCACUGCCAAUUAUCAAAGAACUAGAAAUUCCAAUAGGCAAAGGGUAAAUCAAUACAACAAUGCAGAUGAUUUCAGACAGAACCAACAGAACACAAACUCACCAUCUCCAACCUACACAGUCAGCACUCCAGCUCCAUUUAGACAAACUCAGCAAUACAAUAGUCCACCAGCUAGACAAACUAAUAACAAUAACAAUAAUGGCCAAUAUUACACUACAACACCAGCACCCAAAAAACAAACAGAAAACUAUCCUCAACAAAAGCCAAAACCACAAGAAAAUUAUCCAUCGACUCCAGUUAACAACUACAACUCCCAAUACGAUGUACCAAAAGUAAAACAAACUGAAAAUUAUCCAACUACUGCAGGUAACAACAAUUACAAUCAACAAUAUGAUGUUCCAAAAGCUAAACCAACAACUGUAGCCAAUAACAACUAUAACAGCCAACAAUACGAUGUUCCAAAAGUAAAACCAAAUAAGGCUACAACUCCAAAUAGUGAAACUGAAAAUUAUCCCAGCAACAACCCACAAUAUAACAUUAACAACAAAAAACCAACUACACCAUACAAGCAUCCAGAGAACUACCCAACGACUUUCUCUCCUAAGGCCAAACCCUUCAGUGUCUCUGCUAACUCUCAGUCCAAUUACCCAACAACUUUUGCUCCCAGAACUAACGCAGGAUACACACAAAUUAGCAAACAAACUACUCAAUACAACAACCAAUACAAUAAUAAUAACAACAACAACCAGAAUACAUCCCCAUUCUCGAAAUCUACACCAGCCCAAAACAGCCAAGCUCCAUUCGCCAAACAGUUCUCGAAUCAAGCCAACAGCACUCCAAGAACCACCCCUUUCACUCAGUACACACCAACAGUACCCAAAAUCACGUCCACCACCCCGGUCAGCAGGUCCAGCAGGUUUGACGAGACCCAAUACGACGACGGCUCCUACAACUCGAAAUACGACUACGACGGCGACAAGAGAGACGACGAGUUCCUGAAAACCGCCCACAGCCAAAACAUCGCCAGCAGCAGGAACGAACUGAACAAGCAAACGCAGAAAGCCGCCCAACAGACCACGCAAAAACCCUACUACGAAUCACCCAGACCCUUCUCCGUCAGCCCCAACACUCCGAAGGCCCAGCAACAGAACGAUUUCGCCAGGUCGACGACCGUUGCUACCACCAAAAACACACCCAGGCCUCAAGAACAACCCAAGAAGCCGGUUGAACCGCCAAAGUCCGGUCAGAAGACGAAAGAUGCCAGUUACGACUACGCCUACUACGACACGAAUGCCAGCAGCGAGCCCGACUACGAAAUCGACACGGAGUUCAAGAAGUCGACGGUGAAAAACUAGUUUAGUUGCUUAGUGUUUAGGUUAUUUUGUUGUUAAGUCUGUUAAUUUAAUUGUAAAGUAUCGCGAAAACAAAAUAUGUGAACAGUAUUCUUAAAAUUAUUUAAAUUAAAUCGGUCUCCAAUAACUACCUACAUUAAUUUAAGAAUGUACAUAUUGUAUUUUAUAAUAAAAAUAAAUUAAGAAGUA